GCAGGGAAGGUGAAUCACGCCGGACGAGUUCUUCCAAAGAGAUUCUGCAGAGUUCGACUGAUACGCUGUCUGCGGUCAGCAUAUUGCCGAGGCCAUGAAACGGUUAGUUGGAAACGACUCCCCCGCGGUCAAAGUCUACGGCCUCCGCACGUACUCUAAAGUGCGAGUCGUGUUUUUCGAUGAUGACCACGCACGCGGGUACUUCAAUGUCUCCCUCUUCGACAACACAUGGGAGAAUCGCGCCAUGAUGUUAUCCUUCCAGGACGCUGUGCGUGAUAUGCAGCAAUGGUGGAUCGACAACAACAGGAUCGAGGCACCCAAAGCUAAGGUGAGCGAGAAGGAUGCCGUCGCUGUUGCGCAUCAGAAAACGUGGCAGAACUUCCUGAGGGUCUGCAUGGGGAAGGCGUGCGACAAGGCGUUCGUGAAACAAGCACUCGACAACGAAUACAGCAAGGAUUGGAGUAACAAACUUCGGGGGUACCUGAACCUCGCCACAUCCACCCACAUGGUUUGGCCGCUGGUGGAGAAGUUCUUUCCGAUGUUCGAGGAGGGUAAUCUGCCAAUCGGCGACGACAAGAUCCCACUUGAGAUGCCGGGGAGGAUGGAGGGGCGCCUGCCCGGCCCGUACACUGACGAGAACAAGGGACAACGGACUUUGUACCACUGCAUAUAUGCGAGAGAUGGUCCCAAGGGCUCCACCGUGUCCUGGAAGGAUUUGUGUCCUACGUACUUCAAGAACUUCGGGGACAUGACAUGCCGCGAGAGAGAAGUCGCGCUACUCCUGCUCAUAUCGGGGAAAGUGGUGGCAACAAAAGUGAGAGUCACACCUCCGAGGGUGAACACAGAGUGCCUCCUCGACAUUAUGCGCAAGGGGAGAUACAUGGUCCGCAUGUUCAACUACGUCAUGUUUCGCGCCGAGGGAAGGGCAGGGGACGAAUGGAACGACGACUUCUUCAUGUCGUACAAGGACUUGGAAGAGAGGUAUGCUUCAAACGGGUUAUGCGCAGAUGAAUGGGAGAAGCAACGGGAGAAGCUGCAUAGCAACUUAGUGAAGACGAUCCCUCGGCGACUUGGAGGAGUGGAGGAGGCGAGGCAAGUUGCGGGCUUGGGGCCUACAGAAGUUAUGUACAAGGAGGCUCCAUUUCACUUUAAGGUCUUUAUAUACACCACGAUCGAUAAGCUCGAUAUGCUUCCAGCGGACGUGAAACGGAUCGCCUCCAGUGCACGCCAUCUUGUGUGGGACAAUCUCAGCAGGCAGACCACAUUGCUUCUUGUAUGCAUGCGGUCGAAGGAGGUUAUGGCGGCGCCCGUCGACAUCGUCGCAGCCCCACAAAAAAUGGCAUGCAGGGCCGCCAUCGUGGACAUCUCGGCCGCGAAUUUCAGCAGUGCAUGGACCUCGCAGGACUUCGAUGCACUGUGCGCAAUGAUGGCGAAGUGUUGUGGUCCAAAUUGGGUCCUCAUCUUCUUUGCACCGCAGAAUGUGCAAAGGGAUGUCUUGCGUCAAUUGUACCGUUGGGAGGACAUCGAGCUCAUCCCCGGGUCAUGGAAACGAGUGGACAGGCUGCCGAGCGAUGUCACAAGGUACGACAACAUCGCUACGAGCAGUCGGGACCUGAUGGCGAUCGUGCUGCACGCUGAAGGAGGGAAUCUGAAAAAAAUAACUGUCGCACCCCGACUUCACAACGAUCUCACCGAAGUGCAUGUUGUGGAGGAAAAAUUUGGGAAGUGUCUCAGAAAACAUGGUGGCGUCGAGGGUGACGAAAGUGCCGCAUAUUCAAUUUGGGAGCGAGAACCUGGCAAGUUGCGGAAGUUGUGCGGUUCAUUCGUAGGAGAGGCGGAAGGUGUGCUUUUGCUGGGUAGGACGCACGCGGGUCUUGUAUGGAAGUUAUUGCCUGCAGGUAAUAAUGUCAUUGUCUGUGACGAGUCGGCCAAGAACAUUGCAUACUUGACAAAGUUCGUCGACAUACUUGUUAAGGAUGGGAGAUUCGAGUGCCGCCUCGAGAAGCCGCGUGCCACACAUCGCACGAACAGGGAUAUGUACCACAAGAAAGCCAAGGUGACCGAGGCCCUCAAACAUUAUCACGGUGCUCUAACUGGCGCCUUCGAGACAUUCGUUGCUCGAUGCGAGAUCUUGAGGUUUGGUCUUCACAAAGAUAAACUGACGUUUAAGGACUAUGCAGACCUUGCUAAAUCGGGUGAAGGCUUUAACCCCGUUGACAGCGAGGAAGACUCGUCGGACACCGAUCUCGAGAUCGAAAAGGACACCAAUGCAACCGGGUGGUGUGGGAAGUCCGUUGCCAUGGAGCACAGCGUCAAGGGAUAUGGAACGGGUCAAUCAGAGGGAUGCUCGAACCUGCGGCCCGCAAACAGUGUAGCCUCGGGUGUGGACCGGGUUGUAUGUACGCUUGUGGAAGACGACGAAGACGAUGACCUUGAUAUUCCUGCUCAGCCAACGAAGCUGGCGCCAGACGAUCCGAUUCCUCCCAGAUUUUGUGCGGAUGCAAACAAUGUGUAUUUCUUGGAUGACAAAUAUGCCUGCACUAGUGAGGACAAGUGGGGCCAUGAUAUCAUUUGGCAUGACGACAUUUUCGAGCCAUGUAUCCAAGGCGGGGAGUGGAAAAUGGCGGUGAAGUAUGUCUCGAAGGGUUGGAGACCGUUUCCCCGCAUGGGAAAGGACAACUGGCUGAAGACGACGGAGCAAUCAAUACUAUACCGCUGUCGGAAAGAGAACUCCGGGGAGAGUGAAACAUCCAUCGCGGCAAAGGCGAAACAAUUGUUCGACGCCUUGGGAGUCACUCGGCAGUUAGAGUACUCACACAAGUUUUACGAGUUGCAGUCGAGCCCCUCGUACAGCAAGAUUGACUGGAAGGUUGAGCGCGCCGCCUCGCUCGAGAGCAUGGACGUGGACUCCCGAGAAGAUGCCACCUCUGUGCCCGAGGCGGCCACAGGGAACACGAUGGGUGAACAAAGGGAAGAUGGCGGGACGACGUUUGGCGUGAAGCCUCCGUUGCCAGAGGCGGGGAACACGCCCGCAGGCAAAAACACCAUCGGAGUCAUCUCUGCCGCAACGGGGGAUACAUCACAAGGUGAAAAAGUGUCACUCGACAAGCCGGUGGAUGCGGGCGCCACAUACGGGAGUCUUCUCGUGACAGGUGCGGCGCUGGCAGGCACAUCGGAGAUGGUGUCAGAGUCCACUGCUGGGAUGGGCGUCACGGGGAUGUCGUUGCAUCCGCCCACAUGCACUAGCAAAGGUGACGCACACUGUACAACAACACCACAGAGAGGGGUCACAGGGGAUGAUGGGAAUGGGGGAAAUGGAGGGGGGUCUCCACGUUCUUGUAAUAUUGAGGACAUGACGACGGACGAUGAGGAUGGGGUAGAAGGCGGAAAGGGCGUGAGCGAUCCCACGCGUGCAGAAUGAGGGGUGAGACAACGAAUGACCUUGAGGGGAAUCCUCUUCGCGGA